AAAAAGUGACUUCAGUGAGGAAACUCAUUAAUAAGACACACCAACAAGCAUCUUUCCAAGGCCUCAUCAGAAUGUUCCAACAGCAAAUAAAUACCUUGGUGAUAGGUUGAGAAGCAGGAGAACCACUCCAUAAUGCAGACACCCUGUGGGUGGAAGACAAGCGAUGGGUAGCAUUUGGGAAGCCAAUAAUGAUCUUUUUUUUUUUUUAAUUUUAAUAUUCCAAUCUCUGGAUGAAGUAGGUGCUCAAGAAAUGUUGAACAAAUGACUAUGCAUUCCAUUCCCUCCCUGUUAGCACUUACUUUCUUCCCCAAAUUUGCCAUCCCCCAAACACUGUCCCUAAUAAAUAAUCCAGCUGCAAUUACUUUCAACCACGUUCUAUCAGAAGAAUUUGAGUAUGUGGGACUACUUAAAAAUAUCUUGACUCAUGCUGUCAAAUAAAGCCCACGUAUUAUUGAAUAUGAUGCAUACAUUAAAAGAAUGAGGUAAUGACUGUCUAAAGGACCUAACUUUGUGGGUAGCAAUAUUCUGAUUAUUAAAAAGGAACUUCUCGGAAACCACCAGCUUUUGCCCACUCACACAACUUCCCUCCUUCUGACAUUUGGAAAAAAUAACUUUCUCUGUCUUUGAACUCAAAACACUGAUUAUCAUAGUUGUGUGGGAAUUUAGAAACCAUAUAAUCCAAUUCUCUCAUUUAAUAAAUGAGGAUAUAAAGAUUGGAGUAGCUUAAUAAUUAGCUCAAGAUCUCACUUCUAGUUAGAAUUACUAGAGCCAAAGGACAAUGACCAGUAUCUCAGACUGGUGAUACUUCUCCCACAGAGUACUGAAUUUUUUUGUAGGAGAUCAGGGAUGAAUAUUCACCAGAUCUAUGGAAGCAACCUAUUAUGGUUAUUAGGAGUAGGCACAAAUGGAAAAGAAUGAAUGAAAUAGAACCAUUUAUAUAUAAUAACUUGGAAACACCUCCAGAGACUAUUGAAUGAAGAAAGUAGCUGCAAAACAGUGCACAGGGUAGGAAUCCAUUUAUGUGAAUAAAAAUGGGGAGAGCAGAUUUUCUCCAGACAAGGUAUGGAAGGAUGGAUUCCUCCCAGAAAAGAGUGCAGAGACCUAAGGAAAGUUUGCCCUCAUCUGCAUUGUUUGAAUUUUUGCAAGGAGAAUCCAUGUAUUAAUUGCUUAAGAAUUAAUUUCAAAGAGCAAAAUAUUAUAUAUUUUAUUUUGCUCCAUGUCACUCUAAUCAAUGGCUUUGUUCUUACCUCUGUGGAUCAUACUUAGCCUUUUGUAUUUUUUUUAAUUUUAAUUUUUGUAUUUGUAGCCUUUUGUCUUCAUUUAGUAGAAUGUAGUAGAAUUCAUCUCAUGGCUCUAGGGGUCAUGGUCAGACAGAAAUGGAAAGGAGAGGGAGAGAGUGUUUGGAGCUUAUUUUUUCAAAAAAAUAUCCAUUGCCCUCUCCUUCGCCUUGAUUGCCAUUUUAUACAUCUAACAUAAUAGUAAUGAAAAUGAUAAUACCUGAAUGUGUAAAUAUUAUUACUAAAAGUGUCAAUAGAUAAGCUCUUCUGAGCACUUCUACCCAGAGGGGCUCCUAAGUGCCUUCAUGCAUAUCCUUCUCAUCUAAUCUCAUGAGCACACAGUGAGGUGAGUACUGUUAUUAUCCCCAUUGAAGAGAUGAAAAACUGAGAGUCAUCAUGAAACCAAGAAACCUUGUGGCCUUGUUGUGACUGGCAGGUGGAGGACCCUGGAUUUGAACCGAGUCAGUUGACUGCAGAGUCUGUGCCUGGGCUUGGGGGUGGGUAAUUCUUAUUGAAACACUGACCAGCAGUGUCUGUUGGAGGAAAGUACAGAUUGGAAAACAGGAUUUGGUCCAAACCAGAAAUCUCAGGACUUCUGAGAAUCCUUCUGUCUGAGCACCUUCCCCCUUGCUUCUUCCCUGGACUCCUCUGAGCCUUUUCACUUAAGAUUUCAAUUGCCCUGGGUUACUAAGUCAAGCACAUAAUUCUAUCAGGCAAUGUGUAGCGAAGGGGAAAAUAUUCUCCUCUGGAGAGUGAAACCCCAUCUACUGUCAUGACAAGCCUAGCAACAAUUUCUCAGUCACCAGUUUAUUUUAUUUAAAACAAGAACAGUAAAUCAAAACAGCAAAUGUCUUUUAAAUGGGAUAAGGGUUGGUCUUGUUCCUGGAGCCAGUGAAUAAUUCCUUUUCUAAUAUUUGAUUUGGAUGUCUGUGUUAUUCCUUAAAGGUAUGGAAAGAAUAAAGUGACAAAUUUUGAAAUUAUUUUUAUAGCUUAUAUAGGCAGGUACUUUUCAAGAAACUGAUCAUCUUAUGCUAAAUAACACCUUUCUCCCUGAUUCCCACCUCUGUCCAAAUUUCAGGAAUUUAUUUUACUAUUCCUCUAUUCAUGACCAAAGCAUCUCUGAUUCAUCACUGAAAGUUUGAGUAAGAACACAGAAACUGUUAAGUAUAUAAAUGUAUGCUUAGGUAUUUAUGUAUAUUAUACAUGUAUAUUUAUUUAUAUAUUCAUUUCUGUAAGUUUAUCUGUUGAUAAAAGAAAAAUUCUGAGAUAUCCUAAAUUUAAUCACAAGGGCUGGAGAAGGGAAGAGAGAAGACAUAAGGGAAGUUAAUCAGUUAACAGCUAUGGGGCAAACCACCAAAGUAUAGUUUCAUAUUCCCAAAUGUAGUUUGCACCCUUGACUUAUAUCUCCAGGCAUCAACCACCAGGCUCCCCUGGUCAGGCUUAUCAAUGGACCUUCUGAUCUCUUAACCCCAAACAGUCUUUAAGAAAGAAACACAUCUCCUUAAGAACUGUCCCUUUCUUCUCAUUAUCCCAACCCUCUUAUCUAUAGCCAAAGUAGUCUCAAUAUAGACAAUUUAUACUUUCCUCCUCCACAUAUUCAUUAUGGAAACAUUGCUGGUUCUUAGGUCAUGCAGACAUAUUCCUAACCACUGUCCAGCCCUGCUGCUGAUUGCUGCGGCACUUGUUCCAGAAUCAAGUCCUUUUCUUGCUAGCAUCUGUAAACAGCUCAAUAAAUCCUUUUGUUUCAGAGACCCCUCCAUCUUAAGAGUUUAGUUAAAUUAUCUAUCUAUCUAUCUAUCUAUACAUAUAUACACACAUAUAUAUAUCUUUAAUUGGGAAAUUUUGCAUAAUUUGGGAGCCAUUUGAUAAAGUAUAUCUAUAUCUAUAUCUAUAUCUAUCUAUAUAUGUGUAUAUAUACAUACAUAUAUAUAAUAUAUAUACAUGUGUAUGUGUAUGUAGACACACACAGUCAUGCAUUGCUUAUGAGGGGGACAUGUUCUAAGAUAUGCCUGGUUAGGUAACUUGUCUGUCAUUGUGGAAACAGUAUACAGUAUCCUUAUACAACUAAGGUUGCUAUGACAUUACUAGGCAAUAAGAGUUUUUCAGCUGCAGUAAAAUCUUAUGGAGCUGCCAUUGUACACAUGGUCCAUGGUUGACUGAAAUGUUCAGUAAACGUGUAUUUGAUGUGCACACACAUAUAUGUGUGUUUGCAUUUUGCUCUAAUUGGAAAAAUUUUUUUUGCUUUAACUUGGGAACUAUUUGAUGAGCUGUUCUACAAUGCUUCUCCUGCCCCCCCAGACAAUCACAUUUUUGCCUAGUGUGCUGAACUGAUUUUUUUUCACUCCUGCUGACUCCUGCCUAGAGAAACCACCAGUAGUUUCAAAAUUGCACUAAUUUUUCCAAAUAUCUUGUUAAUAUUUUCCUUUUUGAGAGAACAACUCUGCUUUCUCCUUUUUUCUACCAUGUGGUGUGGCACAUGUGUGCAUCAAAGAUGAAGCUGAAACGUGUCUCUCUCUUUUUUUUCUUAGCUCCUCUAUUUCUACACUUGUAAAUAUAGUAAGUGGGUCUCUUUCCCUGAGUGCCUGCUCGGUGCUCACUCUGUGCCUGGGCCCCAAGAUAGGAGGGUGAUUUAGCGGCUGUGAGCCCCACCAUCAUGGAGUUUCUGGCACACCCUGCCAGCCUGCAGAACUCUCGGCUCUGCUGAGCUCCCUGGUUACCAGGACUACAGCACUUCCACAUGGAUGAGGAGUUUUGACAAAUGUGUGGUACCCAUUCCUGCAAACAAAGCCAUUUAUUUUAGGCUGAAGCAUUUGCAGGAAAAUUUAAAUAAUUUAUCUAGAAUGUGUCAAAUUGAAUGCUUUCAUUAAAUCUUCUUGGAUUUCUUCUUUGGAACAUUUAUAAACUAAAAGCCUUGUUAUCUUAAGUUUCUCAACUUACUCUCUGCCUUUGACUGCAAACAGGAUGUUCGGACUAAACAUUCUGAGCCUGAGAGAAAUGUCUUAGGUCAUCACUGAAGUGAGUAAGGGCCCCACUCAAUACUGAAUGCUUGGGACAAAUAAGAGAUUUUUUUUUUUUUUGAGCCACAACCACUGCUAAAUGGUUAUGAGCCAAAGACCAGGAGACAUCCCCAAACCCAUUCUUCUCCAAAAUACUGUAUUUCAUGAAAAUACGUGUUCCUGAAAAUCCCAAUAAAAAAAUGGAAUCCUCUUGGAAGGAAGGCCAAUCGACCCAGGAGGACCAGCCCCAAACUUGUGCUUGCAUUGACUUUUAGUAGGAUUCCUCUGUUUGGGGACUGGCCAGCACAGGUGACCUAGGGAUGAGACACUGCCCUUGAUAGUCAGAACUUCAGAGGGGAAAGGAAGGAAAGGGAGAAGUGCUGGGCAGACUUCCCCUGGAAAGUUCUGGAAAGUCAAGGCCUAAGGGAACUCUCUCUAAACAUGGAGGGGACAUGUUAUCUACCUUACCCUGCAGAGGGUCAGCUCCUGUUUGCCUCUAAGCAACUUAUGACACAUUUCAAAGUACAAAUAGAACUUUUCCCUUCAAGAGUCUUGAUGAAUGUUUCUGCAUGUGACCAGGGUUUAAUGUGGCAAGGAUAUUUUGAAGGUGUCUCAUCCUUACUGGGGCCUUCAGGACUGGCUGCACUUCAUGUCCCCUUCUCCCAGUGCACUGACCUACCAUCCCAGAAGGGCCCCUGCCAGAGCAUAUUGUGCUGGGCGGUCACGGGUGGCAGAAACUGCUGGCCUCUCUUUCGAUAACCCACAGGACACAUUUGCACCUCCAGCACUUUCCGCACAAAGCGGUGCGUGUAGCAACCCCCAUGUGUGGUUCAGAAGCCGUUGGCUAUGCUGCUUUAUAAUUCAUCUUUCUCUUCGGCUUCUGGAGAGUCCAGUGAGAGAUCCAGACCCUCCUGCUGUCUGUUCGCAUGUAGUUAUUAUGGUGGGAGAAUUGAAUGACAUUGAAAAUCCUGGAAAUGAGGAGAAGCAAACUAAAACAGCAAGCACCAAGCACAUGAAGGGAGAGACGAGUUCUUUAGGAGCAAUUUUGAUCUACCUCAUGGGCCCAAGAUUUUUGAUUUAUGUAAGCUGUGCCUUAUCAAUAUGGGGAGAUCGAAUGUGGCACUUUGCCAUGUCUGUGUUCCUGAUAGAAUUAUAUGGACAUAAUCUUCUUCUAACAGCAGUGUUUGGCUUAGUGGUGGCUGGAUCUGUACUAAUAUUUGGGGUCUUAAUUGGUGACUGGAUUGACAGGAAGCCAAGAAAUAAAGUUGCUCAUGCCUCACUCUUCAUUCAGAAUGCCUCUGUCACCGCCUGCUGUGUGCUCCUCAUGCUCCUGUUCUCCUACCGAAGGGAGAUGGAACAAAUCUGGCACGGCUGGUUCACUGUGGCCUGCUACACAGUGCUGAUCACCCUGGCAGCUGUGGCGAACCUGGCUGGCACAGCACUGACCAUCACCAUUCAGAGGGACUGGAUUGUGAGCCUCACAGGUGGCAACGGAAGCCAGCUGGCUGGGAUGAAUGCAGCAGUCCGGCGGCUGGACCAGAUCAUCAAUAUAUUUGCUCCCCUGUCUGUGGGCCAGGUGAUGACAUGGGCAUCUCAUGUGAUCGGUUGUGGUUUCAUUCUUGGAUGGAACUUGGUUUCACUUCUUGUAGAGUUUCUAUUUCUGUCUAGGGUUUAUCAACUAGUUCCCCAAUUGGCUGUAAAACCCCAGCAACAACCAGGGAAGCCCUUCCUAGAAAAGCAACAGGAGGCUGUGAAUGUUCAAGGUGAAAUAGACUCUUGGGAAACCACUGAUGGAUUUAUCAACAAGCCUGGAACUUCAAAAGAACCAAAAGACUGCAGGUCUCACCUUGAAGGACAAUGGGUCACAACUAAAAGAUUUCUUCUUUGCCUUCGAAACACUCAGAGGCUGCUGCACACGUGCAGGGAGGGCUGGGAAACCUACUGCCGGCAGACCAUCUUCCUGCCUGGCCUGGGCCUGGCCUUCCUCUACAUGACCGUGCUGGGGUUUGACUGCAUCACCACAGGCUAUGCCUACACCCAAGGCAUCGGAGGGUUCCUGCUCAGCAUCCUCACGGCCCUUUCGGCUUUAUCUGGCCUGAUGGGCACAAUUCUCUUCACCUGGCUCCGGGGGCAUUAUGGCUUGGUCACCACAGGAGUCAUAUCCAGCUGGCUCCACGUAGGUUGUCUAACGCUCUGCGUGUUUUCUGUCUUCGCUCCUGGAAGUCCCUUUGAUACGGCUGUUUCCUCACUUCCAUUGAGCAAGAACUCUUCUUCAAGUCCCAAGUUACUAAAAGAUGACCAAGUGCACAUUUACCCUUUUGAAAGAAACCUGAACCAACCCAUCCUCCCGGACCGUUCUUCCAUUCAUUGGACCAACAGCACUGUUCUGUUCGACGGGCAGCAGGACCUUGAGCAGCCAGAGUCUUACGUCUCCAUUAUCUUGCUCUUCUCUGGUGUGAUCCUGGCCAGAAUUGGGCUCUGGUCCUUUGACCUCACUGUGACCCAGCUUCUCCAGGAGAACAUUCCGGAAGCAGAGCGAGGGGCCGUCAACGGUGUGCAGUGCUCCCUGAACUAUCUUAUGGACCUCAUCCACUUCAUCCUCGUCAUGCUGGCCCCGCAGCCACAGCAGUUUGGCAUGCUAGUCUUCAUUUCCAUGCUGUUUGUAACCACAGGCCAUGUGCUGUAUUUUUUUUAUGCAAGAAAGUGUAAGAUUGAAAAUUCCCAGGUGAAUGAGACAAUAAAGAAGGGCACUUGGACACCUUUAAGCUGAGAGGUAGGCAGUACUUCCCAGAGCAACUCUGGCCCCAUCUCCACUGAGUGUGUCCACUGACUUCCCUCAUGGCUACCGUAUCUGCCAGUGCCAAUGCUACACUCCAGAGCAACAGUGACAUCACCUCUUGCCAACAGCACCAUCUGCUUACGUGUGUCUUGGCCCUAGUGGUACCAUCAGCGCAGGAAAGGGGGAUGACUCCAAGUCAGAGUGCCCCCCCCAGACAACUUGAAGAGGCUUGUUUUAAUUUUGCCAGUAUAGUAACUCAGUGUUUUAUUGUUCUUCGGGAUUUAAAAUGAGUCAGAAUCUUCUGGUUAGUGUUAAAAUUAGAGAGGUGGAGAGUGGUCAGUAAUGUCUGGUUCAAUUCUUCAGUGUGAGUUUACAUUUUUUGUUCUUCUGCUAGUUGGUGACUGUUCUUUGGUUGAGCUGAAUACUCCUAGUGAGGACUGAAGCUAUUGAUUGGAGAAACAGAUCAUGAGAAUAACCUGGGUGUGGCUUAUGGACUCUGCAGCCAAACCACAGAUACGGUGGUCCUUUGGCGAGUGUGGACAAGCUUCGCCUCAUGAACACUCUAAGAACAUACUUGUUUGUGAUGAGCAAAUGGGGAGUUGCUGGUCACUUAUGAACAAUUAACACUAAAACUAGUUUUAUAUGUUGACUUAAGACUAAUAAUCAAUUAUUAUUUUAUAAGUGCUGUGAUGUGUAAGUUUCACCUGGAAAUGAAAAACAAUGGUACUAGCAAUAAAAUCCCCUUAAGACCCAUGGUCUAGAGAAGCUUUCUAUGUCACAUUUGGGAAACAGCCAAUAGCAUACUCAGGAACACCUUAACAGGUAGGUCUUGAAGAAAUGACAUUCUUUUCUUUUCUUUCUUUCUUAGGUAUAGAUGGACAUAAUACCUUUGUUUUAUUUAUUUAUUUUUAUGUGGUGCUGAGGAUGGGACUCAGUGCCUCACUUAUGAUAGGCAAGUUCUCUACCACUGAGCUUCAACCCCAGCCCCAGAAAUGACAUUUUCUAAGACAGUGAUUCCCAAUUUUGUACUACGGACACUCUGGGUCAACAUUCUUUGUUGCAGGGGCAGUCCUUUGCAUUGUAGUAUAUUUUGUAGCAUCUCUGGUCUCUACCUACUAGAAGCUGGCGGCAUAGCCCCAUCAACCUAGUUGUGACAAUCAAGAGUCUCCAGACACUAACAAAUGUCCCCUAAUUAAGAACCAUUAUUUAAGAGAAAUGUGAAAACUACAGGAGGAAUUCACUUAUUAUUAAAAAUAAAAUGACAGAGGCUGGGAGAGCAGUGGUAGAGCACUCGCCUAGCAUGCGUGAGGGCCUGGGUUUGAUCCUCAGCACUUCACAGAAAGAAACAAAAUGACAAAAAGUCAUUAUUAGUAGCAAGAAAAUGACACACUGGGAUUUUACAUGGAUCUGCUUUUUUAGAGCAAACAGUUAAGUGAAAACAAGGGAAGGAGAGAAUUCUGUGGAACAUUUUGCCUAACAUAAGGUAGUUUCAAAAAAGAGUACUUUAUACAAGUUCUAGUGAUAUUUGUGAUGCCACCUCCUCCAAUCUCUCCCCUUCCAUUACUACAUUACUACUACUACUCUACUACACACACACACACACACACACACACCAGAAGAAUUGGUCAGGAGACCAAACCUUUCUUCAUCUGGAUUCUUUACUAGGAAGUCAUAUUUGACUAGAUGUAGCCUACCAAACCCUCCAGCCCUUGAUUACUCCAAUGAACACACAAAUAUUUGUGCAGGGCAGGUGGAGAACAGAAGGAGCAUUUAAUAAAUACAUUCUGAAGUCUUUUUCCUUUAAAAUCUCUAGCGCGAGACUAGACUCUAUGUGGAGUCUUCUGAGUAGCAUGAGCUCCCUACCUCUGCAACUUCUGUCCUUAGGAGGGAAAAUAGCUGCUUCCUGGUAAAUUCUUCACUGUGAGUGCUAAUUUUACUCUUCCUUUUCCUCAAGGUUCUGUAUAGUAUAGCAACAUCUUCCUAUUACAUUGUAGGUUGCUAUUUGCAUGUUUCCAUGAUGAUUUUGAUUCAUGUUUUACACCCAUCCUGUCCAAUAGAAAUAUAAUGCAAAUCAUAUUAAUAUCACUUGAAGUGUAUUUAAUUCAACCCAGUCAAUUAUUGUGGAACUUAAAAUCAUUAUAAAAUUGAAAAUUUUAUAUAUUCUUUUUUAAAAGUUUUUUUUUUUUUUGAGUCAUGGAUGGACCUUUAUUUUAUUUAGAUGUGGUGCUGAGAAUCAAACCCAGUGCCUCACAACUGCUAGGCAAGUGCUCUACCACUGAGCCACAACCCCAGCCCAAAUUUUUAUAUAUUCUUUACAUCUGAACUUUUCACACCUACAGCACAUCAGUUUGGACUAGUCACAUGUGACUGGUGGCUGCUGUAUUGGAGAGCAGUUGUAGACAAUUAUUCCCUAAGUCCCACAUAUUUCUUCACUAGGAGAGGCCUGUGACACAUAGGUUAUACCUACCUGAGAGUAUGGUAACAAGUCAGGAAACUUGUCCAAUGUUAAUGGUAUUAGGUUUCAUUCAUCAGCUAUAAUAUCCUGCUACUCCCCAAAACAAAUCAAGGUGACAUGCAUCAAACUAAUUUGACAGUUUACCUCUUAUCUCUGAAACUGACUGGUAUGGAGGUUCAUGUGGCAAUAGUGGAGGGUUCAAGAUAAUUGGCCCCUUGUAGUAUAGAUAAACUCCACUAGAGGGCCUUCUAGUCACAGUUGCCUAAUUCCAUAUUGUGAUAAACUACAAUUUUAUAAUAAAAUAUUGGAAGUAGAAAUUUUAAGUUUAUAAAUACAAAGUAAAUUUUGGAAAGGCAAUCUUUAUUAUGAGUACAAAAUAAAUAUAAGACUUUCGAACACACGUCUGGCUAUUUAUCCAUGCAUACAACCUGGAAGUAGCUUCUCAUUUUACCUCUGAUUUUGGCUGGCCAAUCAGCUGAGCAGGCCCAGACUUCGGAGUGGGCAGCUAACAACUCACCUUCCUGCUCUAGAGCCAAAUGCAUCAGUCUCCACUUUUUCUAGAUCCUCCUUUUAUCCAGAUGCCUUUCUGUUCUACUUUCUUCAAAGUACUUGAGAUCAGGAGGGAAAAAGAGCCUGUUCUCAUUUGGGUUCAGGAUUCCUCAAAUGUGAAGGACUGCUCCCCUCCUCCAUUUUGAAGUGAUAUUCAAUGGCUAAUUUGUCAGUUGUCUCUUUUCUCUGCCCUUAGGAAGCUCAAGAGCCAAACUGGCUGGAGCAGAAAACAUAAAGGCCAAUGGCUUACUUUUGUACUCCUGCUCUCUUCUUACUGGGCUUUUAUUCUCUCUUAUGGAUUACUGUAUUAUUUAAGAUGCUUUUAAAUGACCCUGAAUCAUUUUGGGAAAUGUGGUAUUGGGGGGUAUAAUAAGAUAUAAUAGUUUCUUCACUAUUUGUACUAACAAUUGACUCUUUCAGAUAUUGUAUUGACCCAGCUACAAGGUGAAAUUACCUCUUUUAACAGAAGUCAAUGGAAGCACAUGCCAACCAGCUCCAUGUCACAUUGUGCAAUGGAUAUCACUGCGCAAACUCCAUAAAGGAGGGAGUCAUUACUACCACAGGACUUAAUAUAUUUGCCAAGAAUAUAAUUAUUUAAGGCCUGAAGACCCUCAAAAAUACACGUAUUUUAGUCUGGAAUAUUCACUUGAACUACAAGACUUGCUUACCUUUAAGAAACAGAAUCUACUUGGACUCAAGUGCUUAGGAACAUGGGGUAUGUCUUUUCUUGAAAUCAAAGUAAUGCAUCUCAACCUACCUGAAUGACACAUCAAUGGUGUUAACUGGCAUACUGGGUGAGUUGUGUCACUAUCUGGAAAAGUUAGUGACUGGAGUUCUGAAAGAUUUUAUAUUUUCAGUGAAAUCAUAACCUUUAGCAUAAAAAUUGUAUUCCAAUUCCAGUUUUAUCAUAAUUAAAGAUAAUCAUCAAGCCCAAGUCUCUCAUUUGAAAUGAAUAAAUCUUGUGAAAACAUUUCA